AUGCAGGUGUUAGAUGUUGUCAAAGCGUGGUCGUUAAGUGGUAGGAUUGGUGCACUGUUUAUUGUUACAUGCUUGGGGCUUUUGGGAGUUUUAUUUUUCCUUACUCGUAUUCACUGUCGGUUGAGACAACUUUAUUCAUUUCGGGUUUCUGAGGCUUGCAAGUAUACGGAAGUUCACACCGAUCUUGACCUUUUGAUCAGAUUUUCAAGGGUAAAAAUGUCCAUUACUUUCGGUACUCAGUACGCAAAGCUGAAGACAAAUUUGGGUCUGGCGAUAAAUCGAUUGAAGUUAGUGGAGAAGAAGAAGACUGAGCAAGCUUUGAAAGCACGUUCUGAGAUUGCAGAAUUCAUUAGCGCUCAUAAGGAAGAUCGUGCCAGAAUCCGUGUAGAGCAUAUAAUUCGUGAAGACUUCCUGGUUGAGGCAUAUGAGUUGCUUGAGAUGUAUUGCGAUCUUUUGCUCGCUAGAUUCGGACUUAUUCAACAAGCUGCACGUGCUAAUCAGCUUGAAUACCCUGCUAAAGUCUCACAAAAGCUGAUUUCUAAACUAAGUGUUCAUGCGCCACCAAAACUUCUCGUUGAAAGGUAUAUGAUUGAAAUUGCAAAGUCAGCGGGCAUUCCUUUUACACCGGAUCCUGCUGUUAUGCGGGAGGAUGAAGUUGCUGCAGCAGAGCAGAUGUUAAUAGAUUUUAAAAAGCAAGGAGGAGGGGGUUUUGGAUGGAUGUAUCCUGCUAGUGACCAACAUGGUGGGGAUCGAAAAGGUGGACCUUUGCCACCUCCAAUGGGUGGAGGAUCAGGAUUUUAUCCUGGCCCUCCCCCCCCACCUCCUAUCGGACUGAAUAAUAGUCCUGGCUACGGUAGCGGAAGCGGCGGUUAUCCUCAUCCAGUUGGUCCUGUAAUUCCCCCUUCUGCAGUAGAUGGUACAGUGCCAAGCUUUAACUAUCCAAGGCUUAGUCAGACUACUCCAAGUGAUGAUAUAGCAAAAGUAAAGCCUAAUGAUCAUCCUGGUUUUCCUACUGCUCCUCCAGCAGGAAGUCCUCCUAAGGAGUCAAAGGGGAUCGAUGACAUACCAUCUUUUCCUGAACCGCCAUCUGACUUUCCAGACGAUGAUAGAGGACACUUCCAUGGACCUAAUACAAAUGUAAAUAAUAGUGGUCGAGGUAUCGGGCCGUCGGAUGGUAUGGAUUUCGAUGAUCUUGCCAAGCGGUUCGACCAGUUGAAGAAGAAAAAAAAUUAA